UCAAAAUCAAAUUUUUCGGUGGAAUUAUUAUCAAAAUACACACAGGGGGCUGUUCAUCUGUUCUUCUUCUGUUUUCCGAGACUCGAUCGUUUUGUUCUGUCACUCUGAUCAGAAGCUCGUCUUCUUUCUGCUCUGAAUCUUCUCUCGAAGAUCAAAGCAAUCCAGGGGGUAUAGAAAAAAAAAUCAAAAUUUUUAACCUUUGCUGGUGUCUUCUUAUGUGAUAGUUUUCUGAGAAGUUAUAAUAUGGUGCAAGUUCCAUCCUUUCUGCGAUGGUUCGAGGUUUGAGUAAGUGUUGCCUCCUUUUCCCCCUGAAAAUUAGGAUCCACAUCCAUGGAGUUUUCUCCUUCAUCGCGUCCUCCUCUGUUCCACACAGUAGAGAGAGAGGGGAGAAGAAAUGAAGCAGUUUUGAUAUUGGAGGAGCAAGGAGCGAAGCAAAGUUCGGAUUUUGAAGGAUUGAGUGAGAUGAGUGGCCGGAUUGAGGAGCACGAAGGAGCGGAACUAGAGAGCAGGCACUCCAAACUCUGUGCAAGAGGACACUGGAGACCAGCUGAGGACGCUAAACUUAAAGAUCUUGUUGCUCAAUAUGGCCCCCAAAACUGGAAUCUCAUCGCUGAGAAACUUGAAGGAAGAUCAGGGAAGAGUUGCAGACUGCGAUGGUUCAACCAGUUGGAUCCCAGGAUUAACAAGAAGGCAUUCACCGAGGAUGAAGAAGAAAGACUUCUUUCUGCUCACAGACUAUAUGGAAACAAAUGGGCUCUUAUAUCCAGGCUUUUCCCCGGUAGAACUGAUAACGCUGUGAAGAAUCAUUGGCAUGUUAUCAUGGCAAGAAGGCAAAGAGAACAGUCCAGCGUUUACAGAAGAAGAAAGACAUUUUCUUCAUCUAAGGUAUUCGAUAAAAGAAUGGAGGUGAAAUGCAGCAACCAUGCGUGCAGUGCAGAGUCCACCAUUUCUAGCAAUAGAGACGAACCCUUGUGUAUCAGUAGAGGUUUUACUGCUCAUGGAUUCCUAACCAGAUACAACUUUCCACAUCUGCAUCAGCAAAUUGAUUAUCUCGUUGAGCCAGAUGGGAAGUUGGUGACUAGAAGAAAGGAAGGUUAUGAGCGCCUGUUUGAUUCUUCCAUUGAUUUACAGCAAGCUUCCCCCCUGAUUGUAGUACCAGGGAUUCAUCACUAUGGAUUCUCUGAUUCAAAUUCCGAGGCCUCUGCAACUGACUCAGUGAUCAACAAUGGCUUCAUGCCAGAGGAUGCUGAACUUGAGGACGAGAAGAUUAGCUUGCCUUUCAUUGAUUUUCUUGGUGUUGGAGAUACGUAGAAUCUCUCUGGAUUGAUAAUAUAUAGGAUAAUUUCAGAUUUUGGAGAAGGAGAAGAUGAAAUAUUUUUGAUGUUAGUCAAAUGCUGCACUUUUUUACUCUAGUUCUUCAUUCUUCUGUUCUAUAGACUCUUUUCUCCUGAGGAUAUUAUCGAUGUUCUUGGACUCUCUUUACUUCACUGUCACUGUAAUGAGAUUUUUCUGUUUCUUUUA